AUGCUUAACCCAUCAUCUGUAUACGCCGCUAGAGGAACCUCAUGCAAUUUCACCCAAACUGCAGCCUUUUUAAUAUCUUCUUUUUUUAAGAAUGCUUGUAGGGGACCAAGUGUUGAGAAAAAGAGGUUAAGGGGCAAAAGUUUUUGGGCUUGCAAGGCUCCGUCUUCUUGUUGUUGGUCUUGGAGGAAACUGCUUCAGCUUCGUUCUGUUGUGAGAAAUUUUAUUUGGUCCGAGAUUGGUAAUGGUGUUACAACUUCUGCUUGGUUCGAUACUUGGAGCGAGUUAGGCCCUCUUGGGCAGUUUAUUUCUCCUCGGCUCAUUUCGAAUGCGGGGUUUGAUUUGUCGUCUAAAGUUUCGGAUGUCUAUGCUAAUAAUCUAUGGAGAUGGCCAGAUGCGUGGAGGGAUCUUUUCCCGGUGUUAAAUCAGCUAGAUUGCUUGGUUUUAAAUCCGAAUAAGUCUGACAAAUUUAAGUGGCGAUUUGGUGAUCAGAUACAUGACUUUUCUUUGUUUCGUGCUUGGGAUUCGGUGAGGCACCAGGAAGAGCAGGUUAAUUGGUCUAACAUAGUGUGGUUUUCGCAGUGCAUUCCUCGUCAUGCUUUUCUAAUGUGGCUUAUAAUGAGACGGAAGUUGCUUACUCAAGAUAAAAUUUUGAGCUGGGAUUUAUCGCGAAGAAAGAACAUGAACAUGCUAUGUUGUCUUUUAUGUUACGCGAACCACGACUCUCAUGAGCAUCUUUUCUUCGAAUGUGAGUUUUCCUCUCAAGUUUGGGUUAUGGUUCGAAGUAAAGUGGGUAUGGAUAUGGUUCCGGCUAAGUGGAAUGAUAUUGUGCUGUGGUUGCGUGAUCGGGCCAAGUCGAAAUCGGUGAGUGACUAUGUUACAAGACUGUUAGUGGCGGCUAGUGCUUAUUUCAUUUGGCAGGAGCGUAAUGCUAGAUUGUUCAAGAAUCAGAUGCGUCCUCCGGAAGCUGUUCGUGAUCUUAUUACUCAACAAGUGCGAUAUAAACUUAUGGGAGCGAAGCUGAAGGACUGUGUUAAUGUUCGAAGGGUACUCGGGGAAUGGGAUAUAAAGGAUGCCGAUAUGCGUUUUGAUGGCGGCUGA